AUGAGUCUCCAAGAUAGCCCGUCGCAGCAUAACACCGGCGGUCCGGGCUUGCUAUUCCACCCCCUUGUUGACGGCUCUUUGACACAUGGAAAAGAAGGACGACACAGGGGGCGGGCGUCUAUCGACAUGUCUCGAUAUUGCAACCGCCUUUUUCAUGUCCCGCUGCUGCUUACGUCGUCGCCCUCGUCCUCGUCCUCGUCGUCCCCUUCUUUACAUGUGCAAGACGUCCUCCGGGGGAGGGUGUUAUUGAGUUCGACCUCGAGCGAAGGGGUUCAAUGUCCGAGGGGCUGA